AUAUUAUCUCAUCCACUUCAUGAUGACGUCUUUGCAAUUUUUUUCCUUGUUUUUGACAUUAGCAGAGUUUGCUUUAAAAUUCGUAUCAUAGAUAUUCUAUCAGUCAUUAAUUAUAUCAGCGCAAAAGCCAUAUGACAAACUCUUAAAAUAAUCAGGUAUCGUACAGAUUUUUAUCGCGAAACUGUUAUUCUAAUUAAGUUUUUUCAUUAUUUAAAUAUCUGAUAAAACACUUCAGAAAAAAUCACUUUUAAAAAUACUACUGAGAAAAAAGACAAUGCGCGCAUUAUUUAUUUUUUAAACUUUAUUUCUUCUCAGAAAAAAUUUAAGAAAUUUAUCGUAUUCUUCUAAAAGUUAGAUUAUUCGAAUAGUUUUAAAAUUCAUAAAAUUGAACAAAUCAUUAAUUUAAACGACAUUAAGAAUACUGCAUAGUGAAGUCUAAAAACGACUCGUAAAACGAGUUAAGUGAGUUUAUCAUACGCCCUUGAACUCGAAGAGCAUUCCAUUGAUAAAUAUUGUCGCUUGACCCGAAUCACUUGAAAGCUGUCUAAUGAUAAGUAAAUAAUGAAUUUGAUUUGUGUAUUAGUAAUUAUAAGAGUCUGGGGACUAUUUGAAUUUUCUCAUGGUAGUCAAGAGCCUUGUGCACUCAAUCAGUUCCGUUGUUUAAACCAACAAUGUAUCGCUGGAGAAUUUUUAUGUGACGGGAAACAGGAUUGUUUAGAUGGAAGUGAUGAAACUCAACUUGAAUGUUUAAAACCUGAAAUAAUUUGCCCAGAAUACGCGUUUCGCUGUAGUUAUGGUGCCUGCAUUGACGGAGAUGCAGUAUGCAAUGGAAUAAACGACUGCGUAGACAAGACUGAUGAACAACUAGCAAGAUGUCAUGAUUCGACUAAAAAUACGUCUGUGGUGAAUUCAAACUGUGGAGUCAAUCAAUUUAAAUGCAAUAAUGGAAAGUGCAUUGAUGAAGCAUUGGCUUGUGAUGGUUCUCCUGAUUGUAGCGAUCGAUCUGAUGAAACUUCGACAGCUUGCAGUUCCAAUGAAUGCCCGAAAUUUACAUUCCGAUGUGCUUAUGGUGCAUGCAUUGAUGGAGAUAUGAAGUGCAAUGGAAUCCGAAACUGCGUAGAUGGUUCUGAUGAAGAUUUCAUUUUAUGUAAUGAAGAAAAACCAAUAAGUACUUCAACAACUGAAAAGCCGAUAAGACAAACAGUUCGUACAACUUCACAGCCUUGGACUCAGUCGCAAUCUCCUUGUGUUCCACCAAAACAACCGCAAAACGGAAGAUGGAAAUUACAUAAAUCACAGUGUCAAAGUAAUGACCAUUGCGAUGCAAACGAAAGUAUUGCUAUGGUACCUGGAACACAUUUAGUUUAUACUUGCAACCCUGGAUACGAGUUAAAAAGUUCCGGUGAUAUUUUUUGUGGCCUGAAAAGUAAAUGGUCCGGCGAACCAGAGUGUGGUGAAAUUCGUUGUAAGCCGUUGAGUUCAGCAUCAACUAUUGCAGAAUGUACUUAUAAUGACGGAUGGAUAUCCUGUGAAGCACCGGUUCCUCCACAAACCACUGCUAAGAUAUCAUGCCGUAAUAGUUAUCGUCAAGAUGCGGCAGUACUUGGUCUCCAAAGGGACUCUGUCCGAUGUAAUGCUAGAGGCCAAUGGGAGCCUGAACCAAUCCAUUGUAUCCCAGUGUGCGGUGUACGGGCUCCUUCAAGCCUUGAACCUUUAAUUGUUAAUGGAAGACGCCCCAAUAUCACAGAAUUCCCUUGGCAUGCGUCUUUAUAUAAAUCUGAUUCUGCUAACGGGGAAAAAAAGUUUAUUUGUGGUUCAACGAUAAUACAAAAUGAUUUAUUAAUAACAGCCGCUCAUUGCGUUUACGAUGAAGUCAUAAAAACAGUCGAGGAUCCCGGAAAAUUUUCUAUUGCCGCAGGAAAUAUUUUUCGAGAUUUUAAUAGUCUACUCCAUGAUUCACGAGUUGUACAGAAAAGAAAUGUCAAAAAGAUUUUAAUCGAUUGUAAUUACUUGGGUUUCGAAGGAAAUUAUGCGCGCGAUAUUGCCAUCAUACAAAUUGAUAAACCGUUUACGUUUACAUCAAUUUUAGUACCGAUUUGUCUUGAUACUACAGUUUAUGACCAUGCGGCUAUAGAUGUUGGGAAAUUAGGAAGCGUUGCAGGAUUCGGGAGGACGGAAAUGGGUCCGUCGAGUGGUAUUUUACAGUCCAUAACUCUUCCAGUUGUACCUCUAAGUCAAUGUCAGUCAGCGAGUGUGUCGUCUGAUGCUGAAAAAUUUAUCACAGUUGACAAAUUUUGUGCCGGAUAUACAAAUGGCUCCUCGGUUUGUGAUGGAGAUAGUGGUGGUGGUCUAGUCUUCAAUGAACGAGGACUUUGGUAUAUUCGAGGCAUUGUUAGUGUAGGCAUCGGUUCAAAAAUAUCUGGAGGCUCUCGCACUUGCAACAGCCAUCUUUAUUCACUCUACACUAAAAUUUCUAGUCAUAUAUCGUGGAUACAAGACAUCAUUUUCAAACUUGAAACUAAUAAAAACAUUCCGGCAUGUAAAGUAACAUCUUGA